UCGAAAUUGUGCUCUGGAGAUUCACUUCAGCAUGACUGUUGAAAAUGCUCAUCUGAGAGGAAGUGUGGAGAAGAAGAAAUCAAUUUCAGUCUGUUCAUUCAACUUGACAAACACCCAGAAUCUACGAGAAAUCAUGAGAUUGUGAUAUGGCUAAAUUGAAGAGCUCAUUGGCUGUCCACGUGGAUUGGGUAAAAAGUGGAGUUUCAACAGCACCCAAAAUAAAUUCUAUACAAGACCGCGCUAAAGCAGCACGGUCAUGGAAGAUCACGGAGGUCAAGUUCGUCGGAAUCGCUUUCUGUGAUAUGCAUUAGAGUCAUUAGCGUUGGAAAAGGCAUCCAGUUCUGUGUAUUAUCAAUUUCCAUGAUUUAUUUUCCAUUUGCAUGCUAGAAAGAACACUUUCUCGGAUUUCUCCACAGUUCGAUCAGGUUUGAUGCCAUGAGAAAUCACAAGAAAAACGAAAAUGUAUUUUAUUACCAAUUUGAUUCAAUGCCCUUUGUUCUUUGUACAAUAUAAUGGAUUCUUGGAGUAAGUGAUUUUCCCAUCGCAAACCCAUUAAUAUGCAAUGAGAAUGCCCCGAAUGCCCUUCUAGUUCACGAAGAAGCCACUUAUCAAUCUGACCAUGGGAUAUGUGAAGGCGCUGAAUACAUUCCAGGAAAAAAGGGAUCAUUUAUUGAUUGCAUGCGUUAUAAAGAGUUGUCCGAAGACCGAUUAUUUGAAAAUUGAAUCUUCUUUGGAAACCCGGCAAACUUCACUUUGCUCUCUUUGACGUCCGGAGAGCGAGAGUGUGUGAGUGUGUCCCUUGUGAAAACAAGUCUCCAGCGGAAUAAUUUGUGAAAUUGUUGAGUUUUGAGUAGGAAAAAGGCGCAUUUUGGCAUCCAAUUGGCUCAAUUAUCAUUCUAGUCACCUUCAAGUACAUUGUGAUAGUGGGAUAAGUGCCACCCCUUGGCGUGAUAGUAGUGAAAAGCAGCGUGAAAAUAUUGGCAGACGCCCUAGGAACUUUGGAAAAUAUUGAUUUUUCUGCAGCACAUUUUGGUGGUUCUUUUGUUGAACUUCUCCUGCUUCUCCCCGCGGGAAAUCCUCCCACGUGUGAGUGCUUAUUGAUAGAGUUGGUGUGAAAAGUUGUCCUGCGAGAGAAGAGCAGGGAAUCCGCAAGACAUGGCAGCGAGGAUGAAGGCCACCAAGUGUCCCACGGACGAGUUGUCGCUGAAAAAUGCGGCUAUUGUGAGUCCCUACGACUUUUCUGAUGACAUCAAAUAUAUAGAGGUGUCCACUGGGCCUGGACAGAGAUUUGUCUUCGCCAUCGAGCGACAUCCGGAGAUCCCGCGCAACGCCGUGGGAUUCUCACUGGUGCAGCGCAAAUGGGCCACUCUGUCCAUCAAUCAAGACAUCGACGUGAAGCCCUUCAGUUUCGAUGCCCGCAAGAAUGCUGAGUGCAUCGUAAAUGUCGUGCUCGAGGUGGACUUUGUCCAGAAAAAGAUCACCACCUCAGAGUCCUACGAUUCCGAUCUCAUGGCUAAGGAUUUCCUGAUGCAAUUCACGGGCUUGGCGCUGACAGUGGGCCAGCCGCUGGUGUUCAGCUUCCAGGACAAGAAGCUCCUGGGUCUGGCCGUGAAGACCAUGGAAGCGGUGGACAUAAAUGCCUACAAGGAUAACACACACAUGGAGCCGAAGCCCACGAGAUUUGGCCGAUUGCUGGGCAACACGGUGGUGACAUUCGAGAAGGCAGAGAACUCUUCCGUGAAUCUCGUGGGCAAAUCCAAGGGGAAAGUGGUGCGACAGUCGAUUAUCAAUCCAGACUGGGACUUCGGUAAGAUGGGCAUCGGUGGUCUGGACAAGGAGUUCAAUGCCAUCUUCAGGCGCGCCUUUGCCUCGCGUGUCUUCCCGCCGGAACUUGUGGAGCAGCUGGGCUGCAAGCACGUGAAGGGAAUCCUGCUCUUCGGCCCUCCCGGAACCGGGAAGACGCUCAUGGCGCGUCAAAUUGGAAAAAUGCUAAACGCCCGUGAGCCGAAAAUUGUUAAUGGACCGCAGAUUCUGGACAAGUACGUGGGUGAAUCGGAGGCAAACAUUCGGCGCCUGUUCGCUGAGGCGGAAGAGGAAGAGAAGAGAUUGGGCCCCAACAGUGGCCUCCACAUCAUCAUCUUCGACGAGAUUGAUGCUAUUUGCAAGGCUCGAGGCUCCGUGGCGGGCAACAGUGGCGUCCAUGACACGGUGGUGAAUCAGUUGCUGGCCAAGAUUGAUGGCGUGGAGCAGCUGAACAACAUCCUCGUGAUUGGCAUGACGAAUCGCCGCGACAUGAUUGACGAGGCUCUCAUGCGUCCGGGUCGACUUGAGGUGCAGAUGGAGAUUGGCCUGCCGAACGAGGCCGGCCGCUUCCAGAUUCUCAACAUUCACACGAAGCGAAUGAAGGAUUUCAACAAGAUCAAUCCGGAUGUGGACAAUCGCGAGUUGGCAACGCUCACGAAGAACUUCAGUGGAGCUGAAAUUGAGGGUUUGGUGCGAGCUGCUCAGUCUACGGCCAUGAAUCGCCUGAUCAAGGCGGCCACGAAAGUGGAGGUGGAUCCAGAGGCGAUGGAGAAGCUGCUGGUGAAUCGUCAAGACUUCCUGCACGCUCUCGACAAUGACAUAAAGCCAGCCUUCGGCACUGCGGCCGAAGCUCUGGAGAACUUCCUGUCACGCGGCAUCAUCAACUGGGGAACGCCAGUGUCGAGUCUUCUGGAGGACGGAUCUCUCUACAUCCAGCAAGCGAGAGCCGCCGAAAGUCAUGGGCUUGUGUCAAUUCUGCUCGAGGGACCGCCGAAUGCCGGCAAGACAGCCCUCGCUGCCCAACUGGCGAAGAUGUCCGACUUUCCCUUCGUCAAGGUGUGCUCUCCAGAGGACAUGGUGGGCUUCACAGAGUCCGCCAAGUGUCUCCAGAUUCGCAAGAUCUUCGACGAUGCAUAUCGAUCCACUCUGAGUUGCAUUUUGGUGGACAACAUCGAGCGUCUGCUGGAUUAUGGUCCAAUCGGGCCGAGGUAUUCCAAUCUCACGCUGCAGGCACUCCUUGUGCUGCUGAAGAAGCAGCCGCCGAAGGGCAGGAAGCUCCUCAUUCUCUGCACGAGCAGCCGACGACAAGUGCUCGAGGACAUGGAGAUGCUCUCAGCUUUCACAUCGAUUCUGCACGUGCCAAAUCUGUCUCAGGCUGAGCACGUGCUGGCUGUGCUCGAGGAGAGUGACGUGUUUAACAAGCAAGAGCUAAUGGCCAUUAACAAGAAGCUCCACGGUCACCGUCUCUUCAUCGGCAUCAAGAAACUCAACGGGCUGAUCGACAUGAUUCGGCAGACUGAUCACGAGUACCGUGUCAUCAAGUUCCUGUCCAAAUUAGAGGAGGAAGGAUGCCUUGAUGUGGGUACAUGUGCACAGUAACUAGAAGUGGAUGAAUAGCAAUUGAAUUUAUCCGUUGUGCAUUUCAAUGAUUUGUUUUAAGGGUUGUUUGAAGCUGAAAAAGUGAUGGCGAUCGAAGGCGAAAUGCAAAGUGGGCUAAAAAAUGCACAACGAGCGUAGAGAAAAUCCGCGUUAUGAAGUAUAAAAUACAAAACAACAAAAAAAAACUAUAUCAUGAUUUCU